AUGAAGAAGAUAAAGGGUCAUGAUGAAAGGAUCGAUUUGAUGAUUAGAAGGAUGAUAAAUAUGUUAAUUCAAGAUUUAAAAAAACAAAUUAAACAAGUUGAAACUAAAGUUUAUGUAAUUAGUUUCAGGGAUAUCCAAAUUUUCCAUAACACUUACAUACCUUAUGUGGUUGCGCUUAUGAUCGGGUUAAACUUAACAAUCACUUCAAUAAAUCAACCAUUCAAUUUAACAAUAUUAUUCACCAUCUUACAUCUUUAUCAUUAUGUAUUAUGUAUAUUUAUUAUUUGUUUCACUGUUCCAUCACUUGAGGUAAGUUAUAAAAUCAUACAAACACAAAUAUUUCCCUACAAAGAUAAUUUGGGAUCUUUGAUAUUAAUUUUUUUAAUUUAA